CAAACGGCUAAGAUCGGUUCGGAACGGUGAGUCUUGUUAGGCAGUGAAAGCGAAUGCAGAAGGCAUAAACUUCGUUCACAUCUACAUAUGUAUAUACGAUUAGCUCAGUCACUUGUGCAUUAAGAAGGAAAAUUUGUUAAUAAGAAAGACAAAAAACGCAAAAUCAUAAAAAAAUGGUGGAAACAGUAGUUACCGUUGAACGCAAUACUACCACGCAAACAACAGCGCCCAGUGGUGGCGGUGGUCUCAGCGCAUUGAAAAUCAAUAUCGGUUACUUUACGACAGUGCCUGGCAUAUUGAAACUCGUUCAAUUCGUGCUCGGCAUUAUUUGCAUGGCCUGUGGAUCACCCGCCUACAUCGCUGCCACGUCAUUCUUCCUAUUCGUGGUUGUAAUCUCGUUCAUUGCGACAAUUUUAUGGAUUUUCGCUUAUCUUUUGGGUAUACGUGAAGCUUUGAAUGUUGCCGUCAAUUGGAUAUUCACAGAAUUGCUCAACACUGCGAUAUGCGCGCUCCUGUAUUUCAUUGCCUUCGUAGUGCAAUUGGCCAAAUGGUCUGGUUAUCCGAGUACAUGGGCUUAUGGUUCGAAUAUUGCGGCCGGAGUUUUUGGUUGUUUCAACUUUUUGGCCUACGCUGCUGGCGCAUAUUUUCUGUAUUUGACGCAUAAGAGCGGCGCAAAUUAUUAGACGAGUCAAAAGAGUGAAAUUAAAACAAAAAACAACAACAACAAAGAAAAUAAAAGAAAUAACUAUGUAUACAAAUAUUAAAAAAAAAAAUAUUGCAAAACAAAAGAAACUAGUAGCUCACCUCAUAAACUUAUGCUACCAUACCACCAAAAG